UUACCUCUCCUCCCCGCACCGCCUUCGUCGCCUGUAAUCUCCUCCUUUUUAACUCACAGAAAAGAUAGAGGAAAAUCACUGGAACCUUUUCCUACGAAAAAUUUCUUAAAUGUCUUUCUGGUAUUCUGCAAACUGAAGCAGGGUGGCAAAUAGAAGUGGAGUGGUCGAAAAGUUGUGCCCUCGGGACUAGCUUUAUGGUUUAGCCCGGUUGCCAUGGAGACCAAUAGUAACACCGGUGCUCCCGCAGAAGCCGGGAGGCUAUGGCCACGUUAGCUCGGCUCCAAGCUCGGUCGACGUUCCUGGCACACCAGUACUACUUCAGGAACAGUGCUGUAGAUGUAUUUAGAAAAAAGGAGUAUGAUGCAGCAGUUAAAAUCCAGAGCUGGUUUCGAGGAUGUCGAAUUCGGGCAUAUCUCAGGUAUUUACACAGAGUAGCAACUGUUAUUCAAAAAUGUUGGAGAGGUUACUUAGGCAGACAACAUUAUCAACUAAUUGUGAAGUUAGAAUUUUGUACUAUGAAGAUGAAUCUCUACAACGCAAUGGCUGUCAGGAUUCAGAAGCGAUGGCGAGGCUAUCGAAUUCGGAAAUACUGCUUUAAUUAUUUUUAUUUGAAGGAGUACCUGAAGGCUGUUUCAGAGACCAAUGAUGCAAUUAGGGAGGCGUUAGAGGAGUUUGCAGAGAUGAAAGAAAGGGAAGAGAAGAAGGCCGACCUCGAAAGGGAAGAGAAGAAAAGAGAUUACCAAGCCCGAAAGAUGCAUUACCUCCUCAGCACAAAGCAGGCACUGUGGUACAGUAGAAAGAGUAUGGGUAUUGACAUUAGUCUCCAAACUCUCCUACAUAGGAUUCCAGGUAUAUACAAUUCACCAUUCAGAAAAGAUCCCGAUCCAUGGGAAUUGCGGUUACAGAAGGCAAAACCCUUAAUAAGCCAAAGGCCUAAAGUUAAGCAGAAGCGUGACACCAACAUUAGCAACUGGCUGGCUUGUACGAGUGCCCGCUCCCUUCCUCAAUCUGAAAUUCUGCCACCCAUUGAUAGGAAGCAGUGUCAGGGACCUUUCCGUGAUAUCACCGAAGUACUCGAACAGCGCUACAAGCCUUUGGAGCCAACAUUGUGGAUGGCAGAACCAAUCAAUGAGUUAAAGAUGGCCAGAGAAGAACUCAGAAAACAGGAGUGGAUGCGAAAUAUAAAUGACAAUAGGUUUUUGCCAUUUUCUUCCUACCAUAAAAAUAAAAAGUACAUCCCAUUAAUGCAUUCAUCAAGCAAGUAUGGUCCCAAUUCUUACGGAAGUCAACAUUUUAGAGAUGAAAAUCCUAAGAAAUGGAUCUGUGACAAGGAUUUCCAAACCGUAUUACCAUCAUUUGAUCUCUUCUCAAAGUAUGGAAAAUUAUAUUCAAAAGCUGGACAAAUAUAUAAAGGUAUGCUAUUUUGCUAAGAAGUAUUUCAAAAAGUAUAUUAAAAACAUUUUAAAAAUCAAACAAGAUUGACUUUAACUCUCAAGCAUUUUUAAAACUGUGCUAUAAUAUUUAUCUAUAAUAAAACUUUAUCUUUUGUUCUGAUUUAAUGGCUUUAACAUUCAAAAAUCAUGGAUUUUCUUUUUCAAAUCUCCAAAAUAGACUCAAAACACAUGAAGAGAACUGACAAAAAUCUGAGAAAGUAAAAGAAGACAAAAGGUAAAAAGGAGGUUAAAGUGUGAAGGGAGUGUGGAAUAGAAGGACCCCCACUGCCUGGAUUCCUGGAUUCUACUUCUGUGACUGCUGAGUGACCUUGACACAAGUCUUUUAACCUCUGAAGUUUCUCUCUCUCUCUCUCUCUCUCUCUCUCUCUUAUUUGUCCAAAGAAAAAAUUGGAAACACCUUUGGUUCAUUCAAAAAUUCUGCAGUUAUAAUAGUAAAAUAAAAAUGAGUAUCCUACAGAAAAUACA